UGGUUUGGCGCAUGACGAAACCCCAGCAGCCGAGGUCCACAACCGAGGUCCCGUCUCUUAGGCGUUUGACAGGGUUCGCUGUGCUCUGUGCUCAACACGCAUGCAUGGCAAGCGGAACGAGCCUGACCAUGUUCGUGCUCCAUCUAGCAGCCACUUAUAGACAUCAGCUAUCAUCUACUAUAACAACCAGUGAACUAGAAGUGAGCAGGGCGGCCACAACUGGUCGUUUGGCAGGCACGUGCGUUGCGCUAGCAGCCGCAACACCACGGCGGCAUCACUACAUACCAUUGACCUGCAAUACGGACCCGACUUGACUUCGGCUGAGGUAUCAUCACUAUGGCGAGCACCAGAUGAUUUCGCACACAUCUUCCGCAUCAGCUUCGCAUGGUCAAGUUUGACCAUACAGCCACAUCAUUGACUAUGGCGGACAAGUCGGCGCAGCUUGAGGCCUGCAAAGCAGCAGCGAGCAGCUACCGUUUACAAUUAGAGACUGCAGCAUCCAAGGAUGAAGCCCUUACGCUCGCCAUUCAUGCAGCCGAAAACCUCAUGAAGGCGCUCAAACUGUCCUCAAAUCCGGAUGAAAAGAAACAACUAAAGGCGCAAUGCGGUAUUCUGAUGGAUGUCGCAGAUCGUAUCAAAACGUCAAGUGACUGGACACCGCUCGUCAAACGCCAGCCUGAACCUAAGGACGCGCAGAUCGGGCAAUGGGCGGCCAACGUCGAUGCGUCAGGCAGUCCAGGUCCUGCAUACGCGGAGACAACACUCUCCGAGGGUUCGUCUAUGUACAGCUUUCCAAAAAACGCCGUACCUGCAGACCCGCGUUCGACUUCAGGUAACCCGCCAUUCUCCUCCGUCAAGCUUCCUCCGCAACUUGCGUACGACGCAAGUCUUUAUGAUGAUCGUCGACAAGCUUUAAUGCCACUCAUCGCACUUUCGCAUGCUCAUACUUUCUCGAUUUGCGGUAACAGCCUGGGUGUUGAUGCUGAUGCGCAAUAUAAAGACAGAAACCAGAUUCCAGGUGGGGAUGGGCUGAGUGUUGACCUUUUGCAAGACGCAGAGCCCAAAGCUCACUUGCUAGCAACACACUCGACCCCUCAAGUUCAGUACUCAAUGAGUGCACUACCAGUAGUCGAUGAAUCAUCUGCUGUGCCGUCUGUUGCACCAAAGCUGACGACACCUUCGCAUAUCCAUAGACUGACUGAGCCUGUGUCGACAAGGAGGCGAUCAAAGAAGGAGGACAUCAUCUUACUGAAAGCAUCCGUCGUCAACGGCUUUAAAUGUCCACCAUGGGACAAGAACCCGCCGCCAGCUGACUUCACUCCACAAAACGGACAGGGUCUCUUCAUCGACACCCACGAUCUUAGCCUAUCGCCUUACCAGCAACAAUUUUUCCAUGGCUGGGUCCGCGCCACAGACGCUGUGCCACCUCCAUUUAUGUAUCCAAACGGUAGAGAUGGUAUAGGACCUUUGAUGUCGAGCUCGCGCUCUAUUGAUCUUGUACAGGAUGCGGCAUCUGAUUGCUCGGUGGUUGCCAGUCUCUGUGCUGGGGUCGCUCGAGCUGAACGCGGUCAUGACCAGAUGCUUCAAGACAAACUUUACCCGUUUGAUAAACAUCUUGGCAAACCCAUUCCAUCCACAAACGGGAAGUACAUCGCCCGGCUCAACUUCAAUGGCUGCUGGCGUAAAGUCGUGAUUGAUGAUCGUUUGCCCGUCUCCAGCACCCACCGACUACUUCAUGUAACGGAUCGGCGUAAUCCAGCUCUACUGUGGCCAGCAUUACUCGAAAAGGCAUAUCUCAAAGUUCGCGGCGGAUACGACUUCCCUGGGAGCAAUUCCUGUAGCGAUCUGUGGACGUUCACUGGCUGGAUACCAGAACAGGUGUUUUUACAGGAGACCGACACAAUACCCGAGAAGCUCUGGAAACGUAUUUACAACGCCUUUCUUUAUGGGGAUGUCCUCGUCACAACGGGUACUGGGAAAAUGUCCACGAGGCAAGAACGCGAACUGGGCUUGGAAGGGCAGCAUAGCUACGUGGUAUUGGACAUGAGGGAGACAGACCACGAUCGGCUUCUGCUAAUCAAGAACCCCUGGGUAGAGGGAAAGGGCUGGCGAGGUCCUCGCCCACCGGCGGCGCCCGUUCCAGAAUCCUCUACUUCUAGCUCCGGUUCGAAGAACAGCCUCGAAACAUACCAUCGAGAUAGUGUCCCGACCCUGGAGCGGCCUCAUCCUACAACAUUCUGGAUCGGACUUGAGCAAGUCAUACAACACUUUGAGAGCCUGUACCUCAACUGGAAUCCUGGCUUGUUCCGAUUCCGGCAGGACAUCCAUUUUGACUGGGCAAUCGGGUCUCAAAAGAUGCCCGGUAACUGCAUCGUGCACCAUCCACAGUUCACCUUCUUAACGAAGAAAGCUGGACUAGUCUGGUUUUUGCUCAGUCGUCAUUUCCGAGAUGCACCGACAGGUGUAAAAGAAGAGUCAGACGCGUUCAACGAUGGGACUGUACGUGCUGAUUCUCAGGUGAAUACCUCAGGAGACCCACCCAAAGGGUACAUGAGCAUUUAUGUCUGUAAUGGACGUGGCGAGCGGCUUUACAUCAAAGACACGUACCUUGAGUCAAGCGAUUACGUGUCGACACCACAGUGUCUUCUGCGAUGGGAUGCCGAUGCCGAGUCAAACUACACGGUCGUUAUUGACCAGGACGAUCUUCCAGCAUCUCAGUAUACCUUCUCGCUCUCGGCCUUCUCCAAUUCACCCAUGGCUCUAGAGCCUGCAGUCCUGAAGUAUGCCAUUCAAAGGCUUGAACAGGGAGCCUGGACAAGACAAAGCGCGGGUGGUAACACUAGCUCGCCGAGAUACUUCGAAAAUCCGCAGUACGCGCUCGAGAUUCGAGAGAGGUCCUCACUCACAGUCCUCCUCACGAGUUCGAACCAUGAACAUCCUCUUCAUAUCAAGCUUGCUCUUGGAUACGGCAAGAGGAUCUACAGACUGCAGAGUCGGGAUGUUCUCGCAGACUCUGGUAAUCAUCGCGUUGGAGCCGCCACUGCUGAGAUCAAGGAUCUCCAGCCAGGCCUAUACACGAUCAUUUGCUCCCUGUUCGAGGCAGGACAGACGGGCGACUACACAUUGCGCAUCGACAGCAGCAACGAGAUUGGACUGAAGCAGAUUCCUCGAGACGGCGCUGGCUUAAAGUCGAUGAAGCUGUCACCAGCGUGCUUUGGCGCCAACAUGCAUAAGAUAGCUGCACCACUUCUGCCGCAGCGUCUGGCAUCGUACACGAUUAUUGCCCGCUUCUUGAAAGCAACCAGCCCGCGGUCAAUCGAUCAUGGGAUGCUAGCUCGCAGUCCUCUGCGCUUUAGCGUUGAGCAAGGCCGGGGCCCGGAGCGAAAAUUCCUAAUCGCUAGCGAGCGUGGAGAAUACGCUGACUCGGCGACGGUUCGGUCCGAGAGCGUCCACAUUGAUCCUGCCAUCGUCCAUCGCGGUGACUUGUGGCUUGUGCUCGACAGACUGUCAGGACCUGGAGGACCAGUUGAAGAGUGGUAUGACCUGGAGAUAUUCACAGACAUGCCAGACGCAUGUUCUGUUGGCGUUUGGCGCGAUUGGAGUGACUAGUCCACGAGACUAAGUCAUGAAUCGGCGUUUGCGUUUGGUGUGGACAGUGUUUGGCAGGCGGUGGGUCAUGUGCAAUCAUGUUUGGCAAAGUACUUUGGCUGUCCCUUGCUGCACUGAAGCAUGCAAGCUGACUGCCAGCACGACUGUCAUGACGGACACGUGCUCACAUAUUCCCAGUCACAGCGCAGCAUGCUCAGAUACCCGUGUAGCACAAGAUAGAGAAUAACAUGUCUGGGGAUCAAAGAGCCCUGGUGCGUAACCGCAGACGAGUUGAAACCAGCAAGGAUAGCCGCGGGGCGGUGAAACUGUGCCCAAUCACGGCAACACGAAGUGUAGCAGGCCAUGCCAUUGCCUGUCUGUGGCUCGCGCGCAGCAAGCGCAUGUUGAGCGCUGAAGCACGAUA